GGCUGACUUGUAGGCGGAGUCAUUUGAACGCCCACGCACACAAGAGCAUGGAGCAGCAAGAGGAAGAGGAGGAAUGCAUAAGUAGUGCGGAGACAAGCCCCAGUCUCUCUCCUAAAAAUGCUCUCUUGACUAUGGCCGGGAAUAUGGACGAGGCAUACAAGUCCUCAAUACUCUCUUUCCCUAAUUUAAAGCUGCUGGAAUGUCACGGACAGAUAAGAGAGUUACAAACGAUAAUAAGGAACAAGUCGACUACUCGUAAUGAAUUUAUUUUUUGUGCCGAUCGCUUGAUCAGAAUUGUGGUUGAGCAAGGUUUAGACUGCAUACCCACCUAUGAAUGCACUGUGACAACACCAACAGGCAUGAAAUAUACUGGAGUCAAGUUUGAGAAGAUGACGUGUGCGGUCAGUAUUGUUCGAAGUGGGGAAGCAAUGGAGAAAGGAAUGAGAGAUUGCUUCAGAUCAAUAUGCAUUGGAAAGAUAUUGAUAAAGAGAGAUACAGAUACUAAUGUUGCAAGGGUUUACUAUGCGAAAUUCCCCUCAAAAAUAGAACACAGAACAGUUUUAUUGCUAUACCCGGUUCUAGAGACAGGAGCAACUGUGAAAGCAGCCGUUAAAGUGCUCAAGGAUCACGGAGUACAAGAAAAGAAUAUAGUUUUUGUUAAUUUGUUUUCCUCAUUUAAAGGUGUGGAAAGUCUUUUAAAGAAAUAUCCUGAAAUAACAAUGCUAACGUCUGAAGUACACGAAUUCUGUCCCAACCACUUUGGACAGAAAUAUUUUGGUGUCAGUUGAAAAAGGAUAACAAUAAUCAAGAAUAAUAAUAAUAGUAAUCAAAUUAUAAUAAAAUAAUUGCAU